AUCACUCGCGCGACGCUGCCUGGGAGGAGGGCGUUAUGGCGGCCGCGGCGUGCGCCAAGCGACCCCUGCAGCUGACGUUGGCGCUGCUGAAGCCGGAUGCCGUGGCCCACCCGCUGGUGCUGGAGGCCGUGCAUGAGACCAUCCUCAGCAACCGCCUCCUCAUCGUGCGCGCCAAGGAGCUGCGCUGCGGGCGGGAGCAGAGCCGCCGCUUUUACCGGGAGCACGCGGGGCAAUUCUUCUACCAGCGGCUGGUGGAGUUCAUGGCCAGUGGCCCCAUGUGGGCUUAUAUCUUGGCUCAUGAGAAUGCCAUCUCCCUCUGGAGAUCACUGAUGGGACCCACCAAAGUAUUCCGAGCUCGAAACUGUGUCCCAGACUCCAUCCGAGGAGCUUAUGGCCUCACUGACACCAGGAAUACCACCCAUGGUUCAGAUUCCCCGGCAUCAGCCAGCAGAGAAAUUGCCUUCUUCUUCCCUGAGUUCAAUGAACAGCUCUGGUACCAGCAGGAGGAGCCACGUCUGCGCUGUGGGCAAAUGUAUUACAAUGCAGAGAAGCGCGUCCACUGUGUGAUCAGGGGUGAAGAAACAGAGCUGACAUGAGUUACCCGGGGGUAUGGUCUGCUAGCCACACUGUUUGGCUGGAGCUGGAGGUAGCUGCUAGCCACACUGUUUGGGUCGACCCCAUAAGAAGACACAGAACCAUGACGUGUCUUAAGAACUGUGGGGAAAGGAAAGACAGAUGAGCAUCAUGCUGUGCUGCUUGGGGCUGUUAUUUGUGCAGCAUUCAAGUGCUGGGACACUCCUGAAACAACUUCUCAGUAGCAGUACUCAAAGUCAACGUAGAGAUAAAGCCGUGUGCUUCCCCAGCCCUCGUGUGCUUAUUUGUGUCUGAGUAGUGCAGGUGAAUUCCUCCAGGGACUUGGCAGCUAGGGGAUGAGUAGCUUUGCUGAUAAUAGGCCCAGAUUCUUACUAUCUGCUCUGUCCCCUCCUUCCUUUAUGAAGGAAGGGGUUAAUGGGAUGAAUAUGGAAAAAAUGCACUGGUGAGCAGUGCAAUAGUAACUCUUCUGUUAUUGCUUUCCUGGGGAUCCAAGCUGAGGAAAGGUGGCCUUCAAACACAUAUCCAAAUUCUUACACUGAGCAUCUGGUGGAGGGCACAGUUGGAGGUCGUUCUCAGUAGGAAAGCAGUUCCUUUUAGCCUGGGCUGACAACCCUAUGGCAGACCUUCUAGAAGUGAUUGCAGAAAGGUGUGGAGCAGCCCAGUGCCUGUGAAGGAUCGUAUGUUUUUUGCUUUUAGAUUUUCUGGAACAUGGAGUUGGUGGCUCUGAUGGAAUAACUGAUAGUGGCUAUUAGAACUACGAAUAUUGUGAGUGUGUAAUAAAGGCAAAGAAUAUAUAAUUCAAUGCAGGUACACAGACACCGCAGAAAUUCUGUCUGGAGCUCUUUACAUUCAGCCUCAUAACAAAAUACCCAGUGGUGACUCAGAGGCUGAAUUGUUUCUGGGUUUGCUGUGAUCUGAAGCACAGAGUUCCACAUCCUUUGGUUCAACCAUGCGGGUCGUUGGUAGGUUACUGUGUGGUGGGGUUCGAGGACUUGGGUUCGAGUUGCUGUGCAGAGUUGUGUGUUCACUUCUGUUCUCCUGUCUGAUACAUUUCGAGGUCUGUCCAUGUAAAACUGCCCCCUAUUCAUUUUUCCCAAUACUGAUGAUUGAGAUUUCUGUGUUUGAGAAAAUGUAAGUUGUCAGAGUGCUGCCAUGCAGCUUCCUUGAUGCAGUACACUGAUGCUGUCGUUCUUUCCUUGCUAUUAUGGGAGAUUAAAUGCAGCCAUUGUUUUGUUUCAGGUACAGAUCAAAAGAAUCUGCUGAAUAUGUCUGCA